AUGAGAUUCGAUUUUUCUGCAUCGGAGAGUAAGCACGCUUCCGACCACAACAAAGGGAGCGAUGGAGUUUUUGAUGAUCACCAUGAUGAUCAUGUGUACAAUAUUAAAUUGAAUUCAUACGAAGUGCAAUUAUCGAGAGAGGAAUUUUUGAAAUAUACAUGGCAAGAUGUGAUUGAUGAAUUUAUUUUGAAAUUAACGAAUGAUGAUGAAAGUCUCAUCAAUCCGUCAUCGGACUAUCAUCCUGUUAUGAUUACCGAAAAUUGCACCCAUUCACAACAGCAAGAUGAUUCAACUUUGGAGGCUUUGCUUUUUUCAUCCUCCUUUUAUUUGGCACAUCAAGCAUACAAACCACUCCGUUUGAAUGUUCUAAUUGCUCACUAUUUUAACUCUACACUUCCUUAUUCUCAUCCUAUAGAAUUGAGAAGCAAUUAUUCGGAUGGUAUAUUUGGACUUGUUGGUGGUAAGGGAGGAUUCGGAAGUUUGCUCAGACAAUCCAAAUCAAAGAAGAAGACCACCAACUUUAGUGCCAUGAGAGAUUUGAGUGGAAGAAGAUUUAGACAUGUCACCAACCAAAUCAAUUUGAAGCAAUGGAAUGAAUUGGUGGAAAAACGUAAGCAACAGAUUAAAGAAAAACGUGCCAAGGAGCGAGAAGAAAAACGAGAGAGAGCUAGGGAACAAAUUACCUUGCAACGCGAAAUAAUUCGUGAAAAAGAGGAGCAAGUGGCGUGUGCUGUCAAGGCUGGACUUGAAAUGGCGUUUAAGAAUGGAAAUAAUGGACCAAAUGUGGUUGGUGCUAGUUCUGGUUCCUCUCCGUCGUCAUCCGCGAAUAGUAGUAGCUCAUCCAAUGACAAAACAAAAACCAAUCCAUCCACCAAGAGAAAGUCAAAAUUCGACCAUCAUUUAAGUGACGAAGAAGAUGAAGAAUAA